GAGAAAGGAAAUCGAGGCGGCCGAGGUCGUGGAGGGUACCGCGGUGCACGUGGUGAACAUCGCGAAAUUGAUGGCAGGAAUAAUGGCCGAGACAACUGGCGGGAAGCUCGAAAUGGAAGUCAGCAAGGGAGGCACUCAGGAAGGAGAAGUGAUGGAUACACUGGUUUUUCAACUGGGUCGUUUGGAGUGAUGGGCGAUGCUGACAGUAUAAACUGUAGUAGCAACUCACCCGAACUGGCUGCUGAGAUUCCGAUCGCCAGUGUGGAAGACUUUCGUUAUGAAGCGGGCCGAGAUCCGGUACAAGUAGUCGAAAGCAACCUUAAUAGUGACGGCCAAUUCAUGAAUUCCACCGAAUACAAAGAGAUUCGUGUGCAACAUGGCUCAUCCAAUAACGUGAGAGCAUCGUGCCAUGCCCUUGAUUCUGCCCAGCCAGUUCAGGAAAGCUGCUCUUAUGAAAUCGACGGUCAACGAGAAACAUUGAUUGAAACAGCGAGCAGCAUCCCCAUAAACGCCAACCUUUCAAAGUGUGAAGGAUUACCUAGAGGAGCGUGCGCACGAUCCGCCUCUUAUCACGUUGUGAGAACCGAACAAUCCUUUCCCGAAAUGGUCAAUCGAUGCAAAUCAUCGCAUUUUAUUGCACAACACAAUAUACCUGCAAACGCACCUCAUAUUAGCAUGAACUCUCUAAACGGACCAGUGACUGCAAAGUCUCCGGUUCUAAGUGCAACCAUUGAAGCGGCGAUGUAUCCUUCUGACCCAGAUUUGAAGACAGCUUUGGAGCACCAUAACGACAUUGCUAUGGAUAACGUAAAUGGAAUAGAUAUCCAUGAUUGCCAAUCCGUGCUUCCUCCACGACGUGUUCGUUCCUUAUCACAGACUAUGAUAAACGCCAGUGGAGGUGGAAGUCUGAGAGAAGAUAGGCGAUCGAGUAUGAAAAGUUCCUUCAUGAGCGUUGCCGAGGAAGAAGGAGAUGCACUUGCUGAUGGCGGAGAGGCUCAGAUCAGAUCGAUACAUAACGACGGGCAUUUCAACAAUCAUCGACUUAGCAAGGUUCGUCUAAUAUUAAAAAAAAUUUCUUUUACCGUCUUUUGA